UAAGAUAUCUGAAUCUUAAUUAAGCACUGUACUAUAUAAAAACCAGGUUUUUCACUAUUCAAUCACAUUCACAACCAAUCCAUUGAAGCAAUAGCACUUGUAAACAAUUCUAUAAACAAAAUGAAGUUCCUGGUACUACUCUUUGCUCUGUCUGCCAUCCUAUACACCACAUCAGGAAACUCCGUUCAGUUCUACUGCGGCAGAAGGCUGUCGGAGGCUUUGGCGUACCUUUGCACAGAAGAGAAUGUUGAAAAGAGAUCCUUCAAUAGUAUUCCUAAUGAGGAAUAUAGCUGGUCUAUACCGGCCUUCCCAAAGUUCAGAGCUCUGGAAGGCGUGAGGGGCAAGAGACAAGGCGUGGCCACAGAGUGCUGCGAGAAAGCCUGCACGCUUUCUGAACUGCUGAGUUACUGCUAGAAGACUGAGUGAGCAUCUCUUCUGAUUUUCGUUAUAAGA